GGGACUAAAUCAUGUAAAGCAGGGCCUGGCAUGUUGCUGCUACUGCUGAGAAAGUCUAUUCUCCUUUUCCAAAUUUUGUUCUCUGGAUACUCCCUGAGCCAGGGAAAGAGUUGGUGGCUGGGCCAGUAUAGUCCUUUUGGCUCCUAACUCCUUCCACCUUCCCUCUCUGAAGGCACCUGAGGUCAGUCUCAGUUUGUGUAAGGAUUUCAGAGCUCCUGAUUCUGAAGGGUAGAAAGCAGAAGGGGCUUCCUCCUGGCUCCCUUUCUCUUCUCUCAGAUCCACCUUCUGGAGACUCCACCCAUCCUCAGGGGAAGAGCCCAGAAAGAGGACAUGGCCACUGGACAAAGGGGAGCAAAGGCUCAGGUGUCGGUGACAUUCAAGGAUGUGGCUAUACUCUUUACUCGGGAUGAGUGGAGAAAGCUGGAUCCUUCUCAGAGGAGCUUGUACCGGGAUGUGAUGCUGGAGAACUAUAGCAACCUGGUCUCACUGGGACCCCCAUUUUCCAAGCCAGAAGUGAUCUCCCUGUUGCAGCAAGGAGAAGAGCCCUGGAAGGUAGAGAAAGAAGGUCCUGCAGGCUCCUCUCUGGGAUGGGAGAACAGUCAAAAAACCACAAAAUCAACUCAAACACAAGAGUCAUCAUUGCAGGGACUGAUUCUAAAAAGAUCCAAAAGGAAUGGACCAAGGGACUUCAAAUCAGAAAAACCGUGUGUAUAUGAAGACAGAUUAAAGAAACAGCCUAAUAAAAAUGAUAGUUUUCAGAUCAUUUCAGUCACCCACAAAAAAAUCCUUACUAUAGAAAGAAUCCAUAAAAAUAUUGAAUUUGGCCAAAACUUCAACCCGAAGUCAGACCUUAUUAAGCAACAGAUGGUAAAUAGAGAAAUAUCACCCUCAAAAUGUGAAACACAAGGAAAUAGCUUCAAACAGAAUUCAGGUUUACUUAACCAACCAAAAGUCAACACAGCAGAGAAACGCUAUAAAUGUAAUAUAUGUGAGAAAACCUUCACUAACAAUUCAUCCCUUCGUAAACAUCUGAAAAACCAUACUGGAGAGAAAUUAUUUAAAUGCAAAGAAUGUUUGAAAGCCUUCAGCCAAAGUUCAGCUCUUAUUCAACAUCAAAUAACUCAUACUGGAGAGAAACCCUAUGUAUGUAAAGAAUGUGGAAAAGCCUUCACUCUUAGUACAUCCCUUUAUAAACAUCUGAGAACCCAUACUGUAGAGAAAUCCUAUAGAUGUAAAGAAUGUGGUAAAUCCUUCAGCCGAAGAUCAGGCCUUUUCAUACAUCAAAAAGUCCAUGCUCAAGAAAAUCCCUAUAAAUAUAAUCCAGGUAGAAAGUCAUCCCUGGGAUGUCAGAGAAUUCAUCCCAGAAAGAAGUCUUAUUUAUGUAAUGAAUGUGGCAACACCUUUAAGUCUAGCUCAUCUCUUCGUUAUCACCAGAGAAUUCACACUGGAGAGAAACCCUUUAAAUGUAGUGAAUGUGGGAGAGCCUUCAGUCAGAGUGCAUCUCUUAUCCAACAUGAGAGAAUUCACACUGGAGAAAAACCGUAUAGAUGUAAUGAAUGUGGAAAAGGUUUCACUUCUAUUUCACGACUUAAUAGGCAUCGAAUAAUUCAUACUGGUGAGAAGUUUUAUAAUUGUAAUGAAUGUGGUAAAGCCUUAAGUUCCCACUCAACACUUAUUAUUCAUGAGAGAAUUCAUACUGGAGAGAAACCGUGUAAAUGUAAAGUAUGUGGAAAAGCUUUCAGACAAAGUUCAGCUCUCAUUCAACAUCAGAGAAUGCAUACUGGAGAAAGACCCUAUAAAUGUAAUGAGUGUGGGAAAACAUUCAGGUGUAACUCAUCCCUUAGUAAUCAUCAGAGAAUUCAUACUGGAGAGAAACCAUAUCGAUGUGAGGAAUGUGGAAUAUCUUUUGGCCAAAGUUCAGCUCUUAUUCAACAUCGGAGAAUUCAUACAGGAGAGAAACCCUUUGAAUGUAAUACAUGUGGGAAGACUUUUAGACAGAGCUCAUCACGUAUUGCACAUCAGAGAAUUCAUACUGGAGAGAAACCUUAUGAAUGUAACACAUGUGGAAAACUUUUCAACCACAGGUCUUCCCUUACUAAUCACUAUAAAACUCAUAUUGCGGAGAAUCCCUAGAAAAUAUAUUUGCGUGUGUGAAAGCCUUAAACCAAAGCUCAUCAAAGAAUACAUACUUGACAGUGAUGUAAUAAAUGUAAUGAGUAUGAGAAAAUUUCUACGAUAAUUUAGUCCUUAAAUUCCAAGGAUAAACCUUGACCAUGUAAUAAGUAUGAGGAAAGCAUCCAUACACUUUUAAAAUAACCUGGAAUGAAGAUUUCCACAACAGGAUACAUUGACUCAGACCAUUUGUAAAAUGAAAAUGUUUUUGUUGUUGUUGUCUUAUAGCAGUGUCAGUAUACACUAGAUACUACAAGUGAUCAUCAUAAACAUCUGAGGGGUGGUUAUGUGUGCUGAAUUUCUCACUAGAAAAAUACCAAACUGUAUAGUAGUAUAUUUUUAUAACAUUUUAAUAACAUGAAUUUAUACAUUUUUAGAGAAAAGGACCAAAUAAAAGAUAAAAAUAAAAUGUAAACUACCUCUUAAUCUGUGGAGUUUGUCCUUUUCCUGACCUGAUGUCACUUUGUGCAUGGAUUUCAUUAAAAAAGAAAUUUUUUUUUUAUUCUCUUCCUCUUUUGUUGUAAUUGCUGUGAAUAGGGAGUUUUCUAUCCAAUUCCUAAUUCUGCCCUCAGAAUUUUUUUUUGCUGCUCUGCAGUCAUUGAUUAUGAAAAUCUACCUGUUACAUACUGUGAGCUGUCAUCGUAGGUAUAUUAAAUGCAAAACAAAUUUGCAAGGUUAAAGCUAUUAUUUUUUUUUUUUAAUUGACAGUAAAAGGACCUAUCAGAAGAAGUUUAACCCCUGUGGCAAAAUCUUGAAAAGGAUAUCAGUUAUAAAAUAAAAAGUAUAUUUUCCUCACUUGGUGUUCUCUAGUAUCAGAACAGUUUAAUACUUUAGUGAGAAAGAAAAAAUGUGAAGUAAAUCUAAAAAAAUUUUUUUUUAAUCCCCAUUUUUGGGGCAGGCACUGUACUUCACACAAGUUUUAAAAAGAAGCCACAAAUUGAGAGGAAGGAUAUGAAGUUGAAGAGGUUAAUAAAUUAGCAGAUUAUUAUAUGUUACACUAUGAAAAUGUGAUUGUUUUGCAGGCAAAGAGAUAAGUUUGACAAUAUUGCAAUACAUAAGUGUUAUAUAGAGCUUGCACAGGAUGACAAAAAGUGAUGGAUCUAACCAAGGAAUCC